UCUACCUUUUUGCUGUUUUUAGUCCAAAACCCUCGACGCACUCGCUCCUACCAGUCCAGAGUCCAGAGUCCAGACCAAACUCGCGCAAAUGCCUCCGAAUCUUUGCCCAAGCAUCCUCCUCUUUUUCUUCGCCAUUCUGAGCUUGGCCUCUGGGGCUGGAGCCAUAGGAGUGAACUGGGGCACCACGGCCUCGCACCCUCUUCCACCGCCCAAGGUGGUGGAGCUCUUGAAGUCCAACAACAUCACCAGGGUGAAGCUCUUCAAUGCUGACCCACUUGUUCUCCAAGCGCUAUCUGGUUCAAACAUUGGUGUCACUGUGGGCAUUCCGAAUAGCAUGCUCAGAAGCCUGAACUCUUCCAAGAAGGCUGCGGAGAGUUGGGUACACGAUAAUGUCACCCGCUACCUCUCUACUGGAGGCAGUGGUGCUCGGAUUGAGUAUGUUGCUGUUGGAGAUGAGCCAUUUCUCCAAAGUUAUGGGGAACAGUUCCAUCCCUUCGUCAUUGGAGCAGCCACAAACAUCCAGGCAGCUUUGAUAAGAGCAAAGUUGGAAAGUAAGGUGAACGUUGUGGUCCCUUGCAGUUUUGAUAGCUUCCAGUCAGAAUCCAGCCUGCCAUCAAAAGGACACUUCAGGUCUGAUCUCAACAAAACCAUGAUCCAACUCCUUGCAUUCCUUACCAAGCAUGGCUCACCAUUCUUUGUGACCAUCUCUCCAUUCGUAACUCUCCACCAAAACAAGAACAUUUCUCUUGACUUUACUCUCUUCAAAGAAACUGCACGCCCUCAUAAUGACAGCCACAGGACAUACAAAAACAGCUUUGACUUAAGCUAUGAUACCCUGGUUAAUGCAUUAUCAACAGCGGGAUUUCCCAAAAUAGAUAUUGUUGUGGCACAGAUUGGUUGGCCUACGGAUGGAGGAACUAAUGCAACCUCAUCCAUUGCAGAGACCUUCAUGAAAGGCCUGAUGAACCAUCUUCAUGGCAAAUCGGGUACCCCACUUAGACCUCGGAAUCCACCAAUUCAAACAUACAUAUUUAGUCUUUUAGACGAGGAUCAAAGAAGCAUAACCGCUGGAAAUUUUGAGAGACAUUGGGGUGUUUUUACUUUUGAUGGCCAAGCCAAGUAUCGUGUUGAGUUUGGCCAGGGUUUAAAAAACCUGGUGAAUGCACAAAAUGUGGAGUAUCUUCCAUCCAAGUGGUGUGUUGUGAACAACAAUAAAGACAUGUUUAAUGCAACUGCAAGUGCUUUAGAGGCAUGUUCUGUUGCUGAUUGCACUGCACUCUCUCCUGGUGGGUCUUGUUUCAAUAUUACCUGGCCUGGGAAUAUAUCAUAUGCAUUUAAUAGCUACUAUCAGCAGCAUGAUCAAAGGGCAGACAGUUGUGACUUUGGUGGUUUGGGUUUAAUCACAACCGUUGAUCCAUCAGUGGCUACUUGCAGAUUUUCAGUUGAACUUCUAACGUCGCAAUCAGAAUCACUUCAUGUGACCCUUUUUACCCAGUGGACUACCUCGCUAAUAACUUUUUUAUUAUGUCUGUUUAGUUUUACAUAAUCGAUUAGAUAUGUGUGGGGGAAUUUUUGCGGCUCUUUAUCU